AUGAGCACACAAAUUGCACUGAACACGGCGCAGCCACAGGCCUUUGGGCCUCGUGGACCGGCAAUCAGGGUACGGCGAUUUGGACAAAACGACUUUGAGAGAUUUGACGAGGAGAAUGCUGUCGGCCAUCAUCUGUGCGUCGGGGAGAAGACCAUCAGCAAAGUCAACAUCGAAUGCAAGUAUCGCUGGCGACAGUCCCAAUGGGGUCUCAUUGGCACCCAGAGCAGCCCCGCCGGCAUCAUCUACAUGGACAUCUUGUUCCAUCAACCGGAUGGCUUUUGGCUUGAGAGCGCGACUGUAUACGUCACCAUUGGCGAGGAUGAGCACCUAACCUAUGCGCUCGGAAAGCCCAAGAAAGAGAGGAGGUCUCAACGCCAUGCUCACAGCCCAGAACAAUACAGACUCGGAGACCUGGAAUACUCAGUCCAGAUGUCUGAGCACUACGGGCCCAAAUUGCUAACCGGCACCAAGACCUUGCGUCAGGAGGUCAAGACGAGCGAAUUUUUGCCGACGCUUGGUGUGAUGGGCAUGGCCGAGCUCGGUGGUGUCGGCCACAGAUCCAGCUACGUCCAGGAACGUGUCGACUGCUGGAAGUUCCAGGGCAAUGUGGUCAGGCCCCAAGGGCAGCCAGGUUUCCGGACAUUGCGUUGGGACCUGACCGAGAACAAAUUCGAACCCAACCAACCGCAUAGCCCUGAGUAUCAUACCGCAUUCGCUUUUGAGCACAGUAGGCGACCAAUGUAUAUGCGUGUUGAGAUAGAGGGGAAGCUCAAGAGCAGAAGCCAACGGAUUUUCCAUAGAACCUGCCACUUUUCAUCCGCUAUGGGCAACAAGGAUAACUCCACUUUGACUCACAUGGACCUGCGCAGACUUAUGCCCCUCCGACGGCUGGACGAAGUCGCUCGCGGGCUUGAUAUGGCCAUGCAGAUGAAGAAUUGUGAGAAAGUUCCGGUCCAAGUCCCCGGCCCAAGACCGGCUCGAUUUUCCUCUUGGGAUAGUUAUCCCGCGGUCCUUAAUCAACUGCCAGGAAAACAGGGUGUUCGGGCCGAUCAAGACGAGGGAAGAGGAGGUUGUGUCGGGCCUCUCAUCGAGGUCCUCAGCCGGCAGCUCAACAAUAGCUUGAGCCCGAAACCCCCUUCUUCUGAAAGUUUGGAACUCGCAGAAGCAAAGGAUGACUCUGAUAUGUCGACCUUCGACGAUAUAGACAGUCGCAGCCCAACUUUGGUCAAUAGCGAGUCGCCCACAACAGCGGCAGCAACAGUUCCGAGCCUCCCCUACCAGCCCCGGGCCGCCGCCGAUUCAGAGCUGCUCAAAAACACCACUGUAAUCUGGAUUCUGAGUUUCAUGGCCAGCGCAUCCCAGCUCUUCGGGCUAUUCCGUCGGCUAUUCUUCCUCGAGCCAUGCGAAGCGACCAGGCAGCUUGACAAGGGCAACAAGAAAGCGACACCAUGUCCUAGAAUCGUCGAGCCACAGGAGCUUAAGCAGCAGGCUUGUGACUUGGGGCUGGAGAGACCGAUCAAGGGGAUGGAGUCAAAUUUGUCAUGGAUGAGAAGUAUGGAGGAUCGAGAAAAUUCGAUGAAAGGCACUUCUCAUAAUAAUUCCAGUGGUGUUCAAAUCUGA